ACAAAAACGCAUCCUGCAACGGCAAAAUGGUGGACUUGUCAUUAUCUGUGGCACCUUACGAAAAUCUCCAGGUUAGCCUCCACGUACUCUCCUAGAUGCGCUGUAAACUCCAUCACAAUGUUUAAGAAAGCAAAAAGGUGCAACUUAAGGCGGCGGAAUGACUCGGACGAUGAGGAGAAAAAGGAGGAUCAACAGACAAGCGGGCCCGGAGCCGAAAACUCGGUGAACUCGAGCGAGAUCACCACCACCAGCCUCGCCACCGGAGCAAACAUGCUGAACAAUCUUGGGAACGGAUUCCAGCCCGGUGCUGUCAAAUUCAGCAAAGAGAAGAAGAAAAAAAAAGAGAACCGCGAGGAACCGAAAGCGAGCCUGUUAAGCUUCCAUGAUGAUGAAGAUGACACUGAAGUGUUCCGCGUAAAGAAAUCCAACUACAGCAAGAAGAUCGUCAAGCAGUUGAAGAAAGAAUACAUGGAGGAUUUGGAAAAAAGCAGUGAUACCAUACAGGGACAAAGUACACGCUUUGAUGGUGGACCUGGUCAAAAGCUGGUAAUUAAAGAAGAGCCCUUAGAGGGCAGCAGAGCCAGCAGUGAGCAGGGAGAAGAAGAAAUGGAGGUGGACAGCAAUGAGGAACAGGACGAGGAGAGUGAGCAAAGAUCUGGGGGUGCAGAAUUCAGCCAGACUCUGUCUGCCCUCAGCUCUCUCAGGCCAGGUGAGAUCCCAGAUGCGGCCUUCAUCCACGCCGCUCGUAAACGUAGGCAGAUGGCUCGAGAGCUCGGGGGUGAAGGCAACUUAGUGGAGAACGAGGUGACAAACAAGCGCCUUGUACGCGAGGAUGAGCAAGGCGGCAGUGACGACGACGAAGAUGAGAAGAGAAUUGUCUUCAGUGGCGUCAAGAUGAAGAGUCAAAGGCAGAAAAUAGCGGAAGAGAUUGGUAUUGAGGGCAGUGAUGAUGAAGCUCUGGAUAAUGGACAGGAUGAGGAAGUGAGCCGCUGGGAACAGGAGCAGAUCAGGAAGGGUAUCAGCAUUCCUCAGGUCCAAACCACCCAAUCAGAGGAAACAGCAAUGUAUUACCAAGGCAGUUAUGAUGCACAGCCCUAUGGAGCUUCCUACGCCAUGCAGUUUACCUACCCCACUGUUGGAGCAGACAACAGCAAGCCUUUGAAAACAGAGACUUCAGUCCCCUAUCCCAUUCUGUCUAGUGAUCUGCCCCCUAUAACCACAGAUUUGGUAAAGAAACGUCUCAAAGACAGGUACGGUCUGAACUGCCUUCUCAUCGGUGGUUACUGUAACCCCUCAAAUUCCCAGUUCAGAUCUGUCCAGUUUGUCGGUAUUUCCUUGGAUAUUUUUCUAAAUGUACUGAAGCUUUAUCGUUUUGACUGCUUUGGAAUGCCUGCUAGUUCUGAUGCACAACAUGUAAAUCUUCACUAUUCACAUUUACUGAAGAUGAAUUGCACUUUGGACUACCAGAAUAGUGUCAUGCGAGGAUGCACCAAUCACAGGGGCUCACAGCUGAGGCUGAGCUUCAUGCGCCAGGGGCACAGUUCCAAUACCCGGCGCUAUGAGCAGAUCCAGGAGGAGCUGGUGGCCUCCAAUAAGACCAUCCAGCUCCUGGAAGGCUCCUCGCAGGAGGCUGAAGACAAAUAUAGAUUCUUGCAAGAAAUGCGAGGGUAUGUUGGAGACUUGCUUGAGUGUUUCAGUGAAAAGGUGCCUGUUAUUCUGGAGCUAGAGGCCGCCAUGCACCAGUUACUACGGCAACGGGCAUCCCGUCUCGUCCAGAGAAGACAGGAUGAUAUUAAAGAUGAAUCAUCGGAGUUUUCCAGCCUUUCAAGUAAGGCUGUUAUGGCUCCUAACCUGGACUCAUUCGGUCGAGAUCGCACAGCCUAUCAUGAGCUCGCCAAGCAGAGGAGAAUAGCUGAAAGAGAAGCCAGACGAACUCGACGUAGACAAGCUCGAGAACAGAAUGGGAAGAGAGCCGAGCAUAAGGAGGGGCUGUCCAGUGAUGACGAGGAGACAUCCACUGACAUCACUAGCUACAACCUAGAGAGAGAUCGCAUUUUAAAAGAGUUGAAGAAGGUGUUUGAGGAUGUGGUGGAGGAUUUCCACUCUCUGGACAACAUAAAGUCUCACUUUGAGACUUGGAGGAAGUUGUAUUUGACAUGCUACAGAGACGCUUACAUCAACCUGUGUCUGCCCAAACUCUUCAACCCUCUUAUUCGUCUGCAGCUCAUUACAUGGUCUCCACUGGAGGUGGAGUGUCCAAAUUUUGAGUACAUGCUGUGGUUUGAGUCUUUGCUGUUUUACGGCUGUGAGGAUCAGAGCACCCUGAAGAAAGAGGAGGACAUAGACAAUAGCCUACUGCCUGCCAUUGUAGAAAGAGUCAUUCUUCCCAAACUGGCAGUACUGACGGAUCAGGUAUGGGAUCCUCUCUCCAACAGUCAGACGUCCAGACUGGUGGCUUACAUGCAGAGGCUGAUCAAAGACUACCCAACUGUGCUACACGGUGAAAACCGCAACACACAAGAGCUUCUGAAGACUAUAGUAAUGCGAAUACGACGGACUCUUGAUGAUGACAUUUUCCUGCCAUUGUUUCCAAAAAAUGUUAUGGAGAACAAGAACUCUGGUCCUUACCUCUUCUCCCAGAGGCAGUUUUGGUCUUGUGUGAAGUUUCUGGGGAAUAUUUUAAAGUGGGAUGGGAUCCUGUCUCAGUCCGUGCUGAAGGAAUUGGCCAUUGACAGCACACUAAACCGCUAUAUUCUUUCAGCCAUGCAGUCCGUAGAUGUCAGCGAAGAGAGUGUGGAGAAAUGUCGCAGGGUGGUGGAGUGUUUUCCUGUCCAGUGGUUCAGCAGUCUGAAAGGACAGCAGACCCUUCCUCAGAUGGAGAACUUCUGCAGAUAUAUGAAACACAUUGCCAGCAGUGUUUACCGCAGCUGUGUGGCAGGAUCAGAUGUAGAGAAGAGGAAUGCUAGGGAACAUAUAAAGGAGAUGGUUAGGCUUCUUGGUCGGCUCAACGCUUUAGACCAUGUGAUAACUGUCGCAUCAGAACAUGGCAUUAAAGAUAUAAAGACUUUACUCGAGAACAAAUGAACGACAAGAUAUACUGCCUGACCACUGAUCAUUUUUUCUGACAAACCUUAAGCUGUAAAUAUUGUGAAUAGUGUACAUUUUUUUGUGAGGCUUAAGUAAUUUGUUUUUUUUUUUUUUUUUCUGGAGCUGAUGGGAUAUUCGGCAGAAUCUAAUGACAUCAUCUACAGAUUAGGCAUAAAGAUGAUCUGGGACUUUAGAGUUGAAAUCCAGUGCUGAUUUAUCAUCAUUUGUGUUUGUCCUGGGUUCGAAGUGCACUCCUGUGUUAAAAAUUCCAUUUUCUGUGGAGACAUCUCUACUUUUUACCUACUUUUUUUUUAAACAGAUGAGAUCACUUAAUAGAUCUUAUAAAUUGUGAUCUAUUGAGUCCAUCACAUUGCAGCAUCAUUACCUGCACGCUUGCUUCAAAAGACAACGUUACAACUAUUAGUUUUGUGUUCUUUUCUCCCCCAAAAGGCUGCAUGAGCAGAUUACUUAUGGCAGAUUUUAAACAUUGGUGAAGAAAUAUUUACUUGCAGCUUUCGGGUUGAAUGAUCCAGCAUUUGACAGAUUUUAAAAUUGACUUGCUGUCAAGCAAAACCCUGUGCUGCAAAAACGAAUGUGCAUCUUUCUUCCCUGGACCCUGAAACAUGUUCUAUUUGCAUAAAUAAAAAGUUAAUGUAUA